ACCUCCACCACCACCUCCACCACCACCACCUCCACCACCUCCACCACCACCACCUCCGCCACCACCACCACCACCAACAGUCCCCAAAUAUUACUGCCAGCUCAAUUGACACAAUACACCAUGGCUUGUUCCGUCUACACUCUUUGAUAUAAUUACCGUGUCGCCGCCUCGUCACCUUCCAACUGCGACAAUCCCGUGGUCCGCCACCGCUCUUAUCGUCCCGCGUGAGCUACUUGAACCCAUUAUUCGAGUCGUGUCAACCCCUAGUCUUGAGGCCUCUCCUCCCUCUCCUCUUCGUCCUCGUCCUCGUCCUCCCUCCUCCUCCGGACACGCUCCUUUGUCGGAACGUAAUUGGCCCGCCACCUGCACCAAUAAAGACCGUCUCCAUCCCCCCACCACGACCAACCACUACCACCGAACCCACCAAAACUAAACUUUGCUGAGGUCAACAACAAAUUUCGCGCCCAUGGAGCCAACGGAGAAAAGCCGCCGGGAACGGUUCAAGGUCCAUUUUAACUUCAUCACUCUACACUAUUGUUACCUAAUUGGAAUGAGCCUUGUUCUGUCCGUCAUAAUAUUCGCCGGCAGCAACAUGCCCUAUAUCGACGCUCUCUUCUUCGCCAGCGGCGCAUGUACACAAUCGGGAUUGAACACUAUAGACACGAACUCUAUCAAAACGUACCAGCAAAGCUUGAUCUAUAUAGCAACCAUGCUUACGACUCCUAUUUUUAUCAACACUUGCGUCGUGCGAAUCCGGCUGCACUGGUUCGAGAAACGGUUCGAGAACAUUGUCUCAAUGUCUCGCCAGCCAUCGAGAGCGCGGACCAUCACGCAGGGUAGAAAAGAAGCCACGGCGCUCGAGGAUGGAAUCCAGGGCCGUGAUAUCCGUGUAUUGCACCAGGAUACCAUGAACAGUGGAAAAUUCGAGGUUGUUGAGGGUCCCGAGGGAAUGAUCAUGCAACGCUCUAGCACCGCAAAUACCGCAAUUGACCCCAAGGCGCCCAUGAGAGAAGAAGAAGACAACUCGAGCCAUGGAGGGGCAUCCUCGUCGACGAUGGCCGAGUUGCCAUCGGCUAAUGGGAACACAGCCACGGCUAGCCGCAAUCCCCCCGGAACUGCUAGUAGCAACAUUCAGUUCAGCGAUUUGCCUUCCCCCCGCACCCGUGAUGGUACGGAGGACUAUGGAUGGAAUGCCGCCAAUAACAACCACAUCGCUUUCGUCGAGAGCCAAAGGGCUCCCCAGAACGGAAAGGCUCUGCGGAUACCCGGCCCACGAGAGUUUGAGAAAGGCGAUCGCGCAACGGAAGUGGACGACGAUGAUACGUACACAUUGGCGCCCGCUAGAACCGGAGAAGAGACGCGUGUCGGACACACACCGUCUAGAUCUUACAGUUUUUCGGCUGCUGCAACGAAUGCUUCGAUGCGCUUGCGAAAACUUCCCACGGCGGAUAGAAUCCUUCCCCACGCAACGGCGGCCAUGACGUCGGCAUUCUCCAUGGGCCCCGCAAAGCGCGUUAGGUCGUUCAGUGUAUUUUCAAACACGCCUCGCAAACCCGUACCGGUACCAGAUAUGCCUUAUCUGUCGUACCAGCCCACGCUCGGAAGGAACUCGCAAUUUGUGGACUUGACUGACGAGCAGCGCGAUGAGCUGGGUGGAAUCGAAUACCGGAGCUUGAAGUUGCUAUUCCGGGUUCUGGUUGCAUACUACGUUUGUUUCCAUGCUUUCGGAAUCAUAUGUAUCCUUCCCUGGAUCCAUAACGCACCCCAGUACAAAGAGUACAUUCAGUCGUUGGGUGUCAGUCCUACGUGGUGGGCCAUAUUCACAUCGCAGACGUCUCUCAAUGAUCUUGGGUUCACUUUGACGCCGGAUUCCAUGCUGUCUUUCCAGAAGUGCACCUGGAUUCUCGUGGUGAUGACAUUCCUGAUCGUCAUUGGAAAUACCGGAUUCCCGUGCCUCUUGAGGUUCCUGAUCUGGCUUCUCUUCAAGAUAGUACCCGCAGGUUCCUCCAUCAAGGAAGCUCUCAACUUUCUUCUUGAUCACCCGCGCCGCUGUUUUACUCUGUUGUUCCCCAGCAGAGAAACCUGGGUUCUGUUGUGGGUGCUUCUUGCCCUCAAUAUUGCGGACGUGAUCCUCUUCAUCGUAUUGGAUAUCAAAGACCCGGAUGUUACGAGCAUAGCGGUCGGCCACCGGAUCAUGGGGGCGAUAUUCCAGGCGGCUUCUACGAGAACUGCGGGUCUGGCGGUUGUGAAUAUCUCGGCUUUGCAUCCUGCGGUACAGGUUAGCUACAUGCUCAUGAUGUACAUCUCGGUCUUCCCCAUUGCCAUCAGUGUUCGUCGCACCAACGUCUACGAGGAGAAAUCCCUUGGUCUUUACGGUGGAGACGAUGAUAUGGAGGCGGGACCAUCCGGUGCGUCGUACGUGGGAUUCCAUCUGAGGAAACAGCUCUCCUUCGAUCUGUGGUAUAUCUUCCUAGGGCUCUUUGUCAUCUCGAUUGCCGAGGGAAGGCAUAUCGAGAAUAUCAACGACUAUGCCUUCACGGUUUUUUCGGUACUUUUCGAAGUUGUUUCGGCUUAUGGUACUGUUGGACUCAGUCUGGGUUACCCCGGAUUCAACCCUUCGUUCUCCGGCAAGUUCAGCGUUGUGAGCAAGUUGGUUAUCAUUGCCAUGCAGCUUCGUGGUCGUCAUCGUGGUCUGCCAUAUGAGCUUGACCGUGCUGUCCUUUUGCCUAAGGAACAGCGCGAUGCCGAGUUGUCGUCGAUACGCAGGCGCGGCUCGACCAUAAGCACCGCCCACCCGUUCCCCAACUCGUUCAGCCGUCCUAUACCGUCCCAGGCGGUCGACGACUAAAGACGGGUGUUUUUGCUUAUUUUUUUACCGGAGUUUUUUUUUAAUUUUUUCCCGUACAUGUUGGCAAUACUUUGAUGAUUUAGUUUUCGGAUGGUUUGUUUUUGGGGCUUGCACGAUACCUUUAGUUUGAAGUUUUCAGGAAUGGGUGGCGCUUUGGAUGGGUACAAUAUAAGGAAUGUGCCUUUCUUGCUGUAGAUUUGUUGAAUAUAAAUGCCGGAUACUGAUAUACAUAAAGUG